CGAUACAAAUUUGAGAAUAGUCAAGCGGUUCAGUUGUGAGUGGAUUCUCGGAAAAAAUAUAAAGAAAUAUAAAUAAAUAUAUAUAUAUGUGUGCACAAAUUUGUAGUAAAAGCAAUCAAAAUUUGUGGUUCCGAUAGAAAUUUCACUGUGAGUUUACAAAGCAUUUUCGUGGCCGUAGAUUUAUAACGUGUUCAAAUUUCUGGAAACAAAACAAAAGCGCAAAUAACGCCAUAGAUAGAAAAUAAAGAACCAUAAAUAAGACCGAGGAGAAAAUACGAGUGGCUAUUUUUCCAAAUUUUCCAUUCGCUGAAUUUUUCUUCAUUCGUGUGAAAAAAACGCCUUAAAUAUCCAGACAGGAAAGAAAAUUGAGUGCAGAAAAAUCAAACAAAAAAUUUGAAUAUGUGCAUUGGUUCUGUUGCAAAUUAGUAGCGUAAUUAAAUUUUGAAAGCGAAACGAAUGCUACAAUAGUGAAGUGCUGGCAAUUUCUGCAACAAAGUCGAAGAUAGAACCAAUUGUAUUAACUACAUACAUAGAUAGUGCACAAGACUCCGUGGAAGAACGUGAGGAGGCGUUAACAAAGAAAAAAUAGCAAAACAAGUCUGUAAAGAUAAAAGUGGAGGCGUAAAAGGGGAGAAAUAAACUUGAAUGAAAAUCUGCCGGGUUGACGGUUGCUCAUUCACGUCUUGAAAAUUGCUAUAAAACAAAAACCUGAAAAAGCACUCAAAAUAAGAACUUAUUUUCGGCGAUACGCAGCACGACGUUUCAUUCAAUUGCGAAAACUAUGUGAAUACAUUUACAUAUACUUUGAUAUUAAUUUUAAAAUCUUUAUAACACACCACUUUACUUUAAGCGCUUUGCUUGAUAGCAAAUCUAUUGUUUUUAUUAAAAAGUUUCGUAAGUACCCUUCGUGCAUGCUUCCGAAAUUGUUGCUGCGUUUCCAUCUAUUCCUGGAUGAUAUCCUAAAAUCAAAAAACGAACUAAUACAGAUCAUCUCCGAUUUUACACUAUUCUCAUUCGAUCACAUACACUUGAUCAAAUUCAUAGCCAAAAUGUCGACUGCAUUCCUCACCGCCAUUGCGGUUAUAAUGUGCAUCCUAUUUCGUAUACUAAACGUUAACAGUCAGCCUCUGAAGCCAAGCGUUUGGUGUUUGGAUCAACAGUUCCUGGAUUGUAUUUACAAAAUUGCACCAGUACUGAGAGAACCCUAUGUUCCCACACGUUUAUGGGGUUUUAGUGGUCACGUACAAACGGUGCUGCAUAGUAUAGUAGGCCGUGUGAAAUGCCCUUGGCCGUUGGGUGAACGUGUGUAUCUAUUGUUGCAGGAUGGCUCCACGCUCACUUACGAUCUCUAUCAGCCGAUAAAUGAAGCCGAAGAUGAUGUCACAAUUGCGAUUUGUCCAGGAAUCGGCAAUACAUCGGAGAGUGUCUAUAUUCGCACAUUUGUGCAUUAUUCACAAGUGCAUGGCUACAGAUGUGCUGUACUUAAUCAUAUUGGUGCGCUGAAUAGUGUUCAGGUGACGUCGACGCGUAUCUUCAGUUAUGGCCACACCGAUGACUUUGCCGAUAUGGUCAGCAAUUUACACAAGAAAUAUCCACAUAGCCGCAUUGUUGCGGUUGGCUUUAGCUUAGGUGGCAAUCUUGUCACGAAAUAUAUGGGCGAGACAACAAAAACGAAGCCUCAAACAAUACUUGGUGGCAUUUCAAUAUGUCAGGGCUACAAUGCAGAAGAAGGCACCAAAUGGCUCUUAAAUUGGCAAAAUUUCCGCCGUUUCUAUUUGUAUGUGAUGACAGAGAAUGUGAAGAGUAUCAUACUGAAGCAUCGUCAUGUUUUACUAUCGGACGAGGUAAAGGCACGUCAUAAUUUAAAUGAACGCGAAAUUAUUGCUGCCGCUACACUGCCGGAAUUGGAUGAAGCAUAUACACGUCGUAUACAUAAUUUCUCAACUACACAAGAGUUAUACAAGUGGAGUUCAUCAUUACACUUUUUAGACAACAUCGAAAAACCUAUGAUAUUCAUUAAUGCCAAGGACGAUCCACUUGUGCCGGAAGAGUUGCUGCCACCCAUUAAGGAGUUUGCAUUGUCGCGUCCCAAUACGGCUUACAUUGAAUUGGCCCACGGCGGACAUUUGGGAUUCUAUGAAGGUGGCUUAAUUUAUCCCAAUCCCGUUACAUGGCUGGAUCGCACAGUGGUCGCCAUGGUUGGCUCCAUAGUAAUGUUGCAUAUGGAUGCUGCUGAAUCUGGCAUACAAAAAGUUGCUAUAUAAAGCUAUGUGCAGUAGGAAGGGUUGGAAAAACGCAUUUUUACAAAAAAAA